CCCGUAUUUGCGGGUGUCAGCUUACCGGAACCUGCCCAAAGGAUCCAGCUAGUGCCUCUUCAUUUAGCUCGCUCUCCUGGCACUAUAAAAUCGUAAAUACCAGCGUCUACCUACCUUCAAGGGUCAUUUAUAGAAUUCUCACAAUCCUGAUCAAUCCAUUCUUACUCCUUCACUAGAAGCAUCCACCCACUUACCCAGACCAGCCGAAAAUGGCCCCUCCAUUCCCCUCUGUAUCCGGCGUCCUCCUCAUCGGCAGCGUCCCGCUCCCCUCAGCAAGCGCAGUAUUCGACAAGCUCACCUCCACCCUCCCGCAACGUCUCUCCUCACUCCCAGACGGCGAACCGGGCCCGCGCCAAAACUUCGUGCUCUGGGAACACUCGCGCUUCCCCCGCGAAACCCUCAAGUACACCAAUGGUGGAAUUAACCUCCCCGACGGCCACUCGGGGGUCUUCACGCAGGACGACGUCAGCCCCACAGACUACGGCGUUGCUGCCGUGGAAUCUUACCGCCUCUUCUGCGAACAUCGAGAUCGCGGCGCGAUCCCGGCCGGUAUCCGGUUUCAGAUCUCACUUCCCUUGCCCUGGGCGGUUAUCGCCGGGCACGUGCGGCCGGAGUUCCAAGCCAUGAUGGAGCCGCUGUAUACGAGGCGGAUGGAGGAUGCGGUUCGAAUCAUUCUUGACAAUAUCCCCGUCGGCGACCUGGCGAUCCAGCUUGAUCUCGCGCGCGAGACGCUGGCACUAGAGUACGAGCGUGGUCGGCUGGGUGAGGAGUUCCGGCCGCAAUUUGCGGGCGAGGAGGGAAUUUUUGAGGGAAUGCUGCAUCGCAUUCAGUCCUUUACCUCGCUGAUCCCCGAGGAGGUCGAUCUCGGGUUCCACUUCUGUUAUGGGGAUCGCGAUCACAGGCAUUACGUGGAGCCGGAGGAUUUGGGGGUCGCCGUGGGGUUUGCAAACGCGAUCAGGGAGAGGCUGAGAAGGAGGAUUGCCUGGAUGCAUCUUCCCGUGCCGAAGAACCGGGAUGAUAAGGUUUAUUUUGAGCCGCUGAGGACAUUGGGUCUGGGGGUCGGUACGGCUAGCACAAAGUUGUAUUUGGGUCUUGUGCAUGCGAAUGAUGAGAACGGGACGAGAAGGAGGAUUGAGGCGGCGCUGUCCGUUGUAAAGGAUUUCGGGGUCGCGACGGAGUGUGGGCUGGGGAGGACACCUGCGGUUGAGCUGGAUUCAAUCUUGAGUAUUUCAAGGGAGGUCUCAGUGCCCGUACAGUCCGACCUGUAGAUGGUAAGGAGAGCUUCGGCUGUCGAAAUACACAAGAUAUAUCAGGACAAAGGAAUCGUGCGAGUAUUAUACGCUCGCCCUCACGUCCAUCGAAUCAAGUUCAACCGGCGGACCAAAACCCCUCCUAUUAUCUGUUUACG